CCCACACCCCCGCCGUGCGCAGGCGCGGCCGUCCCCGCCGUCGGUGUUCGGCGCGGAUCCCCGGUACGGCGGCAGUGCUGGUGCCAGCGGCUGCGCUGCCGGGUGCGGCUCGACAUGGCAGAGAGCCCGGGGCAGCGCGGCGGCAGCCCCGUCCCGCCGCGACGAGGCAACGGGGAAGCGGCGGCGGGGGCCGGGGGCGCCCCCGAGGGGGCGGCGGGGCCCCCCGCAGCGGAAGCGCCGCGUCUGAGCGGGGAAGGAGCCGCCGGGCAGGAGCGGGGCGCCGCGGCGGGCGCCCCCGCGGGCGGCGGCGGGGCGGCGGGCGACUGCCCCGAGGGGGCGGCGGAGCCCCCGGGUGGCGGGCAGCGGGCCGAGGCGGGGGCAGAGCAGCGGGACCCCGACGGGGGCGACCCGGCGGGCGCUGCCCGGCCGGGAGGGGAGGCGGCGGGGCAGGAGGGAGACUCACCCGAGGGCUCCGCGGCGGCGGCCCCCGAGGAGGCAGCGGGGGCGGCUGACCCGGCCGGGAUAGACCCCGAGGAGGCUGUGAGGGAGACCGCCCUGGCGGGGACAGACACGGAGAAGGCGUCGGAGGAGGCCGCCCCGGCGGGGACAGACCCCCAGGAGGAAGCAGUGGCCCCGGCGGGGACAGACCCCGAGGAAGCGGCAAGGGAGGCUGCUCCGGCGGGGACAGACCCCGAGGAGGUGGCCGAGGAGGCUGUCCCGGCAGGGACAGGCCACCAGGAGGAAGCAGUGGCCCCGCUGGGCUCAGACCCCGAGGAAGCGGCGGGGAAGGCUGCCCCGGUGGGGUCAGACCCCCAGGAGGAAACAGCGGCCCUGGCAGGGUCAGACCCCGAGGAAGCAGCAGGGGAGGCCGCCCCAGCUGGGACAGACUCCCAGGAGGAAACAGUGGCCCCCGAGGAGGCAGCAGGGGAGGCCGCCCCGGUGGGGACAGACCUCCAGGAGGAAGCAGCGGCCCCGGCGGGGACAGACUCUCAGGCGGCGGCGGCCCCGGCGGCAGGGGAGCAGGACGCUCCCCAGAGCCCCCAGGACACAGCGGCUGCCAUCCUCGGCGGCGGGGAAGGCAACUCCGGCGGUGAGGAUGCAGCGCUGGGGGUGACGGGGGCAGGAGUGGCCAGCGCAGCCCCAGAGGCAGGGGGAGGUGUGGCAGUGGUGGGGCAGCCCGACGGGUUGCCGGACCCCGAGGGCCCGAGCCUGAAUGGCCUGCGGGGCCCUGCCAAGGAUGAGGAGGAUGAGGCGGGCUCGCCGGCUGCCCUGGAGCAGGAGGAGGAGGAGAAGCAGGAACACGACAUCUCCCUCUUUGUCAAGGCUGGCAGUGAUGGGGAAAGUAUUGGAAAUUGCCCAUUCUCUCAACGUCUCUUUAUGAUUCUGUGGCUAAAAGGUGUCAUAUUUAAUGUCACAACCGUGGAUUUGAAAAGAAAACCUGCGGACUUGCAGAACCUAGCGCCGGGAACGAACCCCCCCUUCAUGACGUUUGAUGGUGAAGUGAAAACCGAUGUCAAUAAGAUUGAGGAGUUCUUGGAAGAAAAGUUAGCGCCGCCCCGGUAUCCCAAACUUGCACCAAACCACCCUGAGUCUAACUCUGCAGGAAAUGAUGUGUUUGCAAAAUUCUCUGCAUUCAUAAAGAACCCAAGAAAAGAUGCUAAUGAAAAUUUGGAAAAAUCUUUGCUUAAAGCCCUGAGGAAGCUGGACAACUACUUAAAUAGCCCCUUGCCGGAUGAAAUUGAUGCUUACAGCACCGAGGAGAUCACUGUUUCCAGCCGGAAGUUCCUGGAUGGAGAUGAGCUCACCUUAGCAGAUUGCAACCUCCUACCAAAGCUCCAUAUAAUUAAGGUUGUUGCAAAAAAAUACAGAAACUUUGAGUUUCCACCUGAAAUGACAGGGAUUUCAAGAUACUUGAACAAUGCAUAUGCAAGAGAUGAAUUUACAAACACUUGUCCUGCUGAUCAAGAAAUUGAGUAUGCAUAUUUGGAUGUUGCAAAGAGAAUGAAGUAAAUGGAAGAUGCUUCUGUUUUUCUUUACUUCUGAGGUUUAGAUGGGCACCAGCCAAGAUGGCAAAAAGAAAAAAAGAACCUGUACACUCUGCAGUGUAAGUUCUGUCACUGGCCAAUUCUUCUUUUAUAGUAAUUGUAUAGCAUUAUUUGCUCAUUCUUAAAUUAUACAUGUAUAUGUUUGUGUCUCUGUACAGAUGUAUACACACACAAAUGUGUGUACUGCAUUCCAAGUUAAAGGCAUCAGAUCAAUAUUAAACCAUUUCUUGAAGUUAGGGGAACAAUGUAGGUCAUGCAAUUAUAGAAAAAUUACAGACUAUGCUAAAUUACUGGAUUUGGGGAAGAAAUAGCCCUGUUUCUCACACAUAUUUAACCUGUCAUUAUUGCUGCCUCUGAUUUCUGUUUCAUAUUUGUUGCCAAACUUCACAGUUACCGGGAAGGUUUCUGUUUGCUUCUCCAUAAGCAUCGGAGGGCUGCAAGCCAAUGCUUGGCAUGCCCGCAGCACCCUGGCUUAUCCAGGAGAAAGGCCAGCUGGUAGGUGGAACCAUACCUGCCUUCCCAGAAGCCCUCUCCUCUCUGCUAGAGACCUGUAGAGCAGGUUGACGAAGAACAACUCCUUUGCACAUCGCAUGAGUCCUUCUUCAGUAUUUAUCCUGCCUUCUCCUUUCUCAGGGUUGCAUGACCCACCCAGCCUCCUCCAGUCCUAGAGGAGGACAGUCUUGGAGAGUCCCAUCAAAAAGGGGAACACAGACUGUCCCUGGCCUGUAGACUAUUUAAUAAUAAAUAUUUGACAAGGGAGGCUUGCUUAUCACUGUAGAGACAAGGAAUGGGAGAACAUCUGUUCCCAGCUACUGAGGUAGGGUUGCUCUUUCCUGUCUUUCCAUGUCUCCCAUUUAUUUUGAAAAGCAAAGAAGAGGAGAAGAGCUAAGACAGGAAUAGUCCUUUCUCACUCUCUCCUGCUGGUUGAGCUUCAGUGUGCUGGAUUUCCCAGGGCAGUUUUUAGGCCUUCAUCUCUGAGAGCUUUACAGCUGAUCAGAGAGGUAUCUAACCAGGGACAUGAUAGACAUUGCUCCUGCCGUAGGUGGGGGUUGCAUCACAUGAGCCCUUCCAGCCUUUCAGGAAUCUGUGUUCAAGGCAGUCAAUACUGGUGAGAAAUACCUUCUAGCCUUGCAUCUGGGAAUGCACCGUUAGAGAUGUUUGGCCUGUGAGAAGGUACAUCCCCAGCUGCUUUCUGCUGAGCAGGCCCUCAGCAGGCAACUAGGAGUAGAGGGUUCAAUACUUUAGUCAUAGGGUCAUUUUUUUGCCUGUGUGUACAAAAUUGAUGUGAAAAUGGCUAAAAAAACCCCUAUUUUGACAUCUAUAUCCACAAAGAGACUGUUAUAGAAUAGUCAUUCAUCUUUGCCCAUGUCAAACAUAGGCCUACUUUCUUACAAAGCAUUACCUAUGGUAAUGGUAGGUGUCAGGUGUAUUGUAGCUGCAAUGUUUUGCUCCUACACACUACAUAUAUACACACACAUCAUCCUAUACACAACAGCUGUGAGUUCUGAUGCAAAUGUCCUAUCACAAUUGUUUGUAAACAGCGUUAAAUACAGAGUUUUAAUUUGUCUUCUUUAGAGAACAGACACAAUAUCUUUCCCCUCCCUCCCUCAGUUCUGAAUUUGUAUAUUGGGGAUGAUAGCUGAGCAGUCACUCAUCAAAUAUUACUAACUGCUACUUUGUAUUUUCAAAUAUAUAUAUAUAUAUAAAUGUAUAAGACAUAAAAUCUGUAUACUCUUUUCAUAUGCCUUAUAAAUUUAAAUAUAAAAUACACAAAUCCGUAAGUAA